GCCCGCCGUGUGGCGCCCUCCAUCAUCUUCCUGGACGAGCUGGACGCGCUAGUGCCCCGCCGGUCCGUGGCGGCGGGGGGCGCAGAUCAGAUCUACGCUUCCGUGGUGGCGACCUUGCUGGCGCUGAUGGACGGGGUGGCGGAUAGGGGCCAGGUGGUGGUCAUCGGCGCCACCAACCGCCCCGACCACCUGGACCCCGCCCUUCGUCGCCCGGGUCGCUUCGACCGUGAGGUGGCGGUGGGGUUGCCGGACCGGGCGGACCGAGCUGCCGUACUGCGGGUA